AUUACAUUUCGGCUUUAGUUGUGGUUCGAAGGCGGAAAAGGAAUUUGAAUCACAAAAUGACGUUUGAUACAGGAGCACAGCCGCUUGACACUACAAAUUGUAAAGCUUGUUCAAAACAAGUAUUUCAAAUGGAACAAAUCAAAGCCGAGAAAGCGAUUUGGCACAAAAACUGCUUUAGAUGUACGGAAUGCAGUAAACAAUUAACAGUUGAAACCUACGUUAGCCAUGAAGGAAACUUAUAUUGCAAACCCCAUUUCAAAUCUCUAUUUGCCCCAAAAGCCGUAGAGGAAGAGUCACCACCAAGGCCCAGGAAACCCGAACUUAUAAUAAGAGAGAAUCAACCUCUAGAAUUACCCCCAGAUGUAGUAAGAGCAAGUGACAAGCCUGACUUAGGUCUGGAAGAAUUGCAGAGUUUGAAUGUUAAAGAGAGAUUCCAAGUGUUUGAACAGUAUCAAACAGAAACUCAAGAAACCGACAGGGGGACUGCCACAGUUAACGUCAAAAGAUCACCAUCCAUCCUGUCUAAACUUGCCAAGUUUCAACAAAAGGGCAUGGAUAUAGGCGUCUCUGAUGAUUCCUUAAACGGCAUCCCAGUCGAAGGAAGUGACACGGAAGAAGAGGCUGAAGAAGAUGUUCCAGAAGGCGAAGAUCCUACGUUGUAUAAGGCUAAGAGGGUACAAAAGGAAAAACCGUUCCAUUUCACCAACCUGUCCGAAGUAAAAAACAAAUGGGAACACGGGGAACAAAACUCCAGGGAUGAAAGAAGAGAAGAACGGAAACAAGAAAUACAGUCAAUUAGAAAUAAACUUUUCAUGGGUAAACAAGGUAAAAUGAAAGAAGCUUAUCAACAGGCGGUUAUGCAAUCAGAAUCAUGUGCCAAUUUGAUUAAAUCUGAAAAAAUCGAAUCCUACGAUACUAAAUCUCUAAAAGAGCGAUUUGAAAAAGGAGAAACCUUCAAUGAAAAAGAGACUAAAGGCGACGACGAGGAAGAUACUGAGGUUUUUCAGAGUGAAAUCAGCAAGAAAUCCCGCUCUCUUUUCCUAGAAUUAGACGCCAAUGCCUCAAAAGCUCCUCAAAUGUCUAAUGUUACUAUUCCGAAACAAAACGUGAAGACAGCCAGAGAGGCCUAUUUGGCCAAAACAGCUUCGGAAGAUACCGUAAAAUCUUCAGAAAUAAUCGAAGACAUAGUCGAGGUUAAAACUGCCGAUAUUCAACAACGAUUCAAAUUUUUUGAAACUUACAAGGAGCCUGAGAAAGAGAGAAAAACAUUCAGAAUCACUCCACCGAGAGAUCCUUCUCAAGUUAAGACUGACACACCUGAACGGGAAAUAUAUCAUGAUCCAGAGGUAGUGAGGGCAGAAGAUACCAUUGAUGACUCCAUAAUAGCGAAAAAGACACACACAACUUCCAAAAUGCUUAACAAAUUCAGGCAAAUGGAGGAGGAAAACUUGACGAAAGAACAGGAACCACUCAGUCCGAAACCAAUGAAAAGUUUUACCCCACCUCCUGAACUACCAAGAACUGAAAAUGAAAGUGCAGAUGAACAAGAUUCAGGAUCCGAAGAGGAAUCUGAGGGACAAGAUCAAAUGGAUAAUCAAAAUUUACCUGAAGAUUUAUUAGAAGCACGAAGAGCCGCCAGAGCUACACAACUCCGAGCCAAAUUUGAAAAGUGGGAGCAACAAGAAAUUAGAAGGGAAGAGAGUCAGGCUGUAAAUAUUGGGGAAGAGGGUGGAGAUGAAUCACAGAUUGAAUCAACAAGAUCGUUAAGAGCUCGUUUUGAAUCCAUGAGAGAUACAAGUUCCGAUAGUUCAAAAACCCAACGUGUGAAAGUUAAUAGAUUUGUGGAAAUACCAAGUAUCACGGUUUUGUGUGAGAGCUGCGAUGGUAAGGUCUACCCAUUGGAAAAGAUAUCAGUUCAUGGACAUGUUUAUCACAAAAAUUGCUUCAAGUGCAUGGAAUGUUCCUGUGUUUUAAGAAUGGAUUCUUACUCUUAUAACCAAGGUUUACUGUAUUGUACACCCCACUUCAAGAGGUUAUUCAUUUCUAAAGGAAAUUAUGACACUGCCUUCGGACUGGGGCAACAUAAAGAAAAGUGGAAUUGUAAUGCAACAAUGGCCUAACAAGCAAAAAUUUACUCAAAUUGUGAUACUUUUUUCCAAUAUAUUUUCCUUUUUUCCAAAUCCGAAUUUAGAAACUUAAGGAAAUCAAUAUUAAUGAAACUGAAUUAUCACAUAAUAUGACAAAAUUGCAAUAUUUCUUUGCUGUUUUCCUCAUUCUUUGAUGAAAAAAAUAUAGGACUCGAAGUACUUACUAAUUGACAAUUAUUUAAAAUUUGCUUAUUUUUAUAUUUUGUAUAAUGGCUUUUAACAUUUUAUUUAAUAUUCAUAUAUAAUAAAUUAUUGGUAUAGAAUGAUCUUAUCUAUAUUUUUGUAUUACCAUUUAUGUGAUUUUUAGAAAUACAUUUUAUAUAAGAAA